UAAAAAAAAAAAAAGAAGCUUAUUUUUUACUCUACAGCUGCAUAUUUAUUCUACAGGGUCACAUUUGCUCGUCUUUGCUCUAAAGAAGAUGGAUUCCUCUCAGUUUCCAGAGGAGGUUUCUGAGAGGAAAGUGUGUGUUGUUGGCUCGGAGCUGGUGGAAAACUACACAGUCUACAUCAUCGAGGUGACGGACGGAGAACACAAAUGGACCGUGAAGCACAGAUACAGCGACUUCCACGACCUCCAUGAGAAGCUGACAGCAGAGAAGAAGGUGGACAAACGGUUGCUGCCUCCGAAGAAGAUGUUGGGGAAGAACUCGAAGAGUCUGGUGGAGCGGCGGCAGAAGGAGCUGGAGCUCUACCUGCAGACGCUGCUACAGCAGUUCCCACAGGCCACUCCCACUCCACUCGCCUGCUUCCUGCACUUUCACCUUUAUGAAAUUAACGGCAUCACAGCAGCUCUGGCUGAGGAACUGUUUAAUAAAGGUGAGCAGCUGCUGCAGGCUGGCGAGGUGUUUUCUCUCUGUCCUCUGCAGCUUUACUCCGUCUCCCAGCAGCUCCGUCUGGCCAAACCGACCUGCUGCAACGGAGACGCCAAAACUGACCUGGGACACAUUCUCGACUUCACCUGCAGGCUGCGAUACCUCAAGAUCUCUGGCACCACAGGUCCAGUGGGAACCAGUAACAUCCAGGAGAGCAGCCUCCCCUUCGACCUGUCUUUUUUCAAAUCACUGCUGCAGAUAGAGAUCAGUGAAUGCAGCUCUCAGCAGAUUCAAGGUUUGUCGUCUCUGAGGUCGAGUUUGGCGACUCUGACAAUUCACCACUCAACAGAAACUAUGAUGUCGAUCCUAGUCCCGGAGGCGAGCGAGUUCUCACAGUGGGAGGUGGAGGGGGCGGAGUCUGGCUGUGCCGUCACCGCCGUCAUCCCCGUGUGGAGAAACCUGACCACGCUGGACAUGAGCAACAACUGCAUCGACACAAUCGACAGCUCAGUGAAACUGAUUCCUAAGGUGGAGUUUCUGGAUCUGAGUCACAACCAGCUGUCCUCAGUGGAAAACCUCCAGCACUUGUACAACCUGGUCCACGUGGAUCUGUCCUACAACAACCUUCGGGUCCUGGAAGCUGCUCACACCCGUUUAGGGAACAUCAAAACGCUCAGCCUGGCCGGCAACCAGCUGGACCAGCUGACCGGACUCACUAAGCUCUACUCGCUGGUGAAUCUGGACCUCAGCCACAACCAGCUGGCCCAGUUGGAGGAGAUCAGGAACAUCGGCUCUCUGCCCUGUUUGGAGAAACUUAACGUGUCCAAUAAUCCCAUGUGCAUCAUCCCCGACUACAGAACCAAAGUCCUGGCCCAGUUUGGAGACCGUGCAGCUGAGGUUUGUCUGGACGGUAAAGUGACGACAGAGAAAGAGUUGGACACGGUGGAAGUGUUGAAAGCCAUUCAGAAAGCCAAAGAAGUCAAAGACAGGAUGAGCAGUGGUGAUAAGAAGAUCAGUGAGGAGACCAGGUUGUCUACUGCUGCACCUCCUCACCUCUCCUCCUCCUCCUCUUCCUCCUCUACCCCCUCCUCCUCCUCCUCAUGCUGCUCCUCUGCUGUCGCUCCUCCUGCUGUCUCUUCCUCCUCCUCCUCUUCUUCUUCUUCUUCUUCCACUUCCUCCUCUUCUUGCCCGGCCCAGCAGGCUGCCUGCCCCAGCCAAGAAGUGACGAGCAGAGAAGAAGCAGCAGCAGUUCCCCCCAGCGUUCUCCCUCCUGCGGACGCUGCACCUCCCCCUGCAAGCUAUAACACCAACACACACCUCCUGUCUGCUGACCCCGCCCAGGUACAACAACCUACUGUCAGUCUGUCUGAACACACACACUGUGAAACUCCUACAAGCACUACUACAACCACAACUACUACUACUACUGUCUGUUGCGUCUGCUCUUCUUCCUCUUCCACACAAAUUGAAACCAGUUGCUCCACCUGCAGUGCCGCACCAUGUCCUCUUCUUCCUACUCACCUGCUCUCCUUCUCCUCCUCCAACAAAGACUUCAUUACUCAGCUCUCCCAGCGUCUCGGCACCACCUGGAAGGAGCAGAAGAAGAUAAAAGAGGAGGAGGAGGGGGAGACGGAGGAGGAGGAGGAGGAGAGGGUGGAGAGAAUAGAGAGGAGGUCUGAAUCCAGAGAGGUUCAGUCUCAUGUAGAAGGAACAGAGGUGGGAAGUCCCAGUCCAGGGUCUAGGGACGGCUACUUUGAGAUGGGUCUGGAUGAUUCGGUUGAGGAGUCGGUCUGCUCUACUUCCUCCUCGCUCACCGCUCCUCCUGCAGGGCCCGGCGACCCGGUGGAGCUGCGUGAAGGGGAGGAGGAAGAGGAGGAGGAGAAUGAGGAAGAGGAGGAAGAGGAGGAGGUGCAGGUCCGCAGGGUUCUGUGGUGCUACUGUCUUCAGGUGAAGGAGGAGGUGGAGCAGAAGAAGGCGUGUCUGGUGCUGACGGACCGGCUGCUGGGUCUGCUGUAUCUGUCUGAAGAUUUCACGUGGACCAAUCAGGACGCAGACCAGCAGCAGAGUCCGGCCAUAGAGGAGGUGCUGUCCGGCCUGCAGAUGGACCUCCUGCUGCCUUACUCCCACCUCCUGCUCUCCUCACCAGCUGAGCUCCCCGACUCCUGUCUCGCCUUCGGGCUCCGGGACGGUCCGACCCGCUGGUACAUCUUCUCUGAGGCCAACGAGCUGCGGCAGACCAGGACCGAGCUAACAGCGGUGAUCCAGGCAGCAGAGUCUCAGGCUGAUCCAGAGCCUCUCAACACUCCUCAACUACUCCCCCGCUUGCUUCUAAACUCCUGGGAGCUGGAGGAGAGUCAGGCUGCUCAGGGAGGCUACACUGCCCACCUUCUCCCCCUUUCCUCCUCUUCCUCCUCUUCCUCCUCUUCCUCCUCUGCACCAGACACCCACCCCCUCCUUUCAGAUAUCUUAUCUAAGAAAGAGGAGCCCACACUCCCGUCUCUCUUCUUCCUCACCCACCGACAACUCUGGGUGUUGAAGAUGGAUUUCAGAGAGCUAGCAAAAAGAGAGAGCAGCAGCACUGACCUUCAUCACCCCUCCUCCUCCUCUUCCUCCUCCUCCUCUUCUCUGUCCUGGUGCAAGCUGGUCCGUGUGCCCCUCGGCUCUGUGGUGCUUCACCCCAGAGAGAGAGAUCAUCAGUUUGGGGACAAAACUAGCAGCACGUCCUGCCUCGACUCAAAACACCACCACAGGAGGAGUCACACCGUUGAGCUGCUGCUGGGUGGUCAGAGGCUGCUGCUGCUCUUCCCUCUUGCCCAGGACAGAAGCUCUUUCCUGGAGGAGCUGAGCCAGCGGAGAGCCUCUCUGGAGGGGCUGAAGAUGGUCGCUCUGCCCCGACCCUGCAGACAACACACUCAAGGCCGACACAGAUCCAGAGACCAGUGCUGCUGCACCAGUACCAAGAAAUCUCACAGCUCCAGCAGCUGGGACUCCUCCUCUCUGCAGGUUGAGGAGAACCAACCUUCCCCGCAUCUCAACCCGGGUCUGUCCCCAGGAUUGAAGCUCCUGGCUGGGCUCGGAGGACAGCAGCUGUUGCCUUACUUUCACAGAUAUAUAGCACUGUCUGAGGCGGAGGAGGUGAGACAGGUCCUGUGGCUGUCUGUGGUUCUCUACAAGUCUCCAGAGACUGAGCUCACCUGCUAUCUGCUGCUCUCCAACGACACAAUCUACUUCCUGUUGGAAGACUCCGCCUCCACACUCGGCCAUCACUCAGUGUUGGAUAUAACGGAUUCUGGAGAUCCAGACGUCUGUCUGUGCUGCUGCCUUUCCGUCAGACUCUCUGAGCUGCUGUCAGUCAAUGUGGGACUCUUCGACCAGUACUUCAGAGUCGUAGGUCAUUCGGCCGAUCACAUCGUCUGCUGUCUCAGCAGGGACAGUUAUGGGACGGGCGUCUUCCUGCAGGAGCUGAUGUCAGCUCUCAGUCUGCAGCAGCAACUUCCUCCUCCAGAGCCGUCAGAUCAGGACUUUUACUCUCAGUUCACCAACACAAACACAGGUAAGAUGCAUAACUACGAGCUGGUCCACAGCAGCAGGGUGAAGUUUAUUUAUCCCAGUGAGGAGGAGAUGGGAGACCUGACCUUCAUCGUGGCAGAGAGGAAAACUCCGGCCAGUGCAGCGUCCUCAUCCUCACGCUCCUUCAACGUCUUGCUGUACCUGCUCGUCUUUCAGGUCCAGAUCCCCAGCACUCUGUCUGGCCAAGGCUCUGCCCUCACAGGUCCUUCCUCCUUUUCUGGCUCCGCCUCCUCACCUGUACUCCAACCCAGGACUCUGAUCCUGACCAGCACCGAUGUGUUCCUAUUGGACGAGGACUACAUAAACUAUCCGCUGCCGGACUUUGCCAAAGAACCUCCUUCCAGGGAGCGGUACCAGCUGCGUGAGGCUCGGAGGAUCCGGGACUUAGACCGGGUCCUGCUGGGCUACCAGACGUACCCUCAGGCUCUGACCCUGGUGUUUGACGACCUGCCCGGCCCCGACCUGCUCUGCCACCUCACCAUGGACCAUUUUGCAGCCGGAGGGGAAGAAGCCUCACUCAGGGCGGGUGGAGCCAGCGGGGGCGCGGAAGGCGAGGUCCAGUGGUGCGUCUUCGUCCCCGGAGCAGACAGCAGAGAGAGACUGAUUUCACUCCUCGCUCGCCAGUGGGAGGCGCUCUGCAGCCGGGAGCUUCCUGUUGAGCUCACCGGCUGAUUGGUCGACGGGGGAAAACAGACAGAUAGAUGACGGUUCAGCACCUUGUAUAUCGGUGGGAGCUGAUUGUUUACAGAUGGUUUUAUUUACUUGUUCAAAGGCCUCGAUAUGCUUCAAGUGCAGUUGCGUAGCGUCACCUGACCACCUCUAAAAAGGUUUCCAGCUGUUCGUACUGAUGGUCCGUGAAUCAUUUAAACGGGGAUAGAUGUGCACCUUUUUUAGACAGUCCAGUCAGAAGCGUUCAUGUUGGGUUGCUCAGAUCACAUAAAAAUAAGUUAUAAUAACAAAUAUUUAUCAUGAGAUCAGACAAAUAAUUUGAAUUGUAGAUUUUUAUUAUUUAUUACAAUC